CUCAUGACCUCCUUAUCGCUCUUUUUCACAUUUUUUUUCUCACUAUAAAUUUGUCGCUUUUGACAAAUACCCACACCACAGAAACGAUAAAGCCAUGAACUUCCUUUCAGAAACCAAAAUCCCAUUAGCAUUAUAAAACGUCAGAAAACAUCCCAUUUCCAUAUUUUUUGUUUCGAUGGCUUUAGUCACCUCUCCAUUAACCAAAUCCAAGCCUUACCCUUUUUUGCCUCUUCGCCGAGCAAAAGAAUUAAACGCAAAAUCAUUUAAGUUAGCAACCAACCGCAAACGGCAAAGUUUCAGUAUUUUUGCUGAUUCAAGUAAGAACAUUAGCAAUGGAGCUGCACUGGAAAUAGGAAAUAAUAGUACUGGUCCAUUAUUUGAAUCAGAGCCGGUGCUAAAGAAUUACAGGAGAAUUUUGUUAUCAGAUGUGGUGGUUACAAGAGAAAGGAAUGUUUUUUGGGGAAGGAAAUGGAAUUCAAUGGAUAUAGGCACUGCUGGUGUGGUAUUAGCAACGCAUUUGCUUAGUUUGUUGGCUCCAUUUUAUUUCAAUUGGAGUGCAUUUUGGGUUGCUUUUGGGCUUUACUGUGUUACAGGACUUCUGGGUAUUACUCUUUCCUUUCAUAGGAAUCUUUCUCAUAGAAGUUUCAAGCUUCCCAAAUGGCUUGAGUACCUAUUUGCAUAUUGUGGAGUUCAAGCAUUUCAGGGGAAUCCCAUUGACUGGGUUAGCACACAUAGAUACCACCAUCAAUUUUGUGAUUCUGAGAGAGACCCUCAUAGCCCUGUUGAAGGAUUUUGGUAUAGUCAUAUUAGUUGGAUGUUUGAUUCCAGUUCUAUUAUUGAAAGGUGCGGAGGGCAAACAAAUGUUGGAGAUUUAGAGAAGCAACCUUUUUACAAGUUUAUUCAGAAUACAUACAUUCUUCAUCCAAUUGCUCUUGGAGUUCUGUUAUAUGCAAUAGGCGGAUUUCCCUACUUGGUGUGGGGAAUGGGAGUAAGGAUCAUAUGGGUUUUCCAUAUCACUUGGCUAGUAAAUUCUGCUUGUCAUGUAUGGGGAAAACAAGCAUGGAAUACUGGCGAUUUGUCCAGGAACAAUUGGUGGGUAGCAUUGCUUGCAUUUGGAGAGGGGUGGCAUAACAACCACCAUGCAUUUGAGUACUCAGCUAGACAUGGCCUUGAAUGGUGGCAAAUUGACAUGACUUGGUAUGUUGUGAGGUUUCUUCAAGCUAUUGGGUUAGCAACUGAUGUGAAGAUACCCAAUGAAAUACAAAAGCAAAGGAUGGCUUUCAACAACUGAGUUUCAAAAAAUAGGGUUUUUGAGAUGUUCCAUGUUUAACACAACUUGAUGAUGAGAAAUUGACUACUAUAUAUCAUGUGAGAGUUCAUGUGACACAUGGGGCAUUAGCUUUUCUACAUGUGGAUGUAGCCUUAUAGUAAUGACUUCUUCACUAAAAAGAUCAAUUUGUUGGUUCUCCUUUCUCA